AUGCCUGCCAAACACAAGAAGAAAAAUCUUCGUCAGAAACAGCAAAACUUCUCUGACAGCUCUGUGACAUCCAAUAUAGCUACAACCAAUUACCGCGAAAUCCAUCUGACUGAGGUGGAAGCUUUACGCUCAAUCUAUGGCGAUGACUUUGAAGAGGUUGAGCAUCGCAAGUCAGCAUGGCAUCAAUCUUCCGAUGUGAGCUUCAAGCUUAACCUUCGAGCUUCCUCAGCCCCAGACGUUCACCUCGAGCUCCUAGUAGAGCUUCCUACAACAUACCCUAAAACCCUUCCAAAUCUUUCGCUCGGAAACCUAGGAGAUUUUCGGGAAGGCGCCAGCUCUCAAAUCCAGGAAAUCAUUCGGACAAAACCGAAGUCACUUCUCGGGGCUGAGAUGAUCUUUGAAUUGGCAUUAGCUAUUCAAGAUAUCCUUGAAGUAGUUGCCCAAGCACGAGAGCAGGACAAAGAUCUCCCUAGCCUCGAAGAGGAACGAAUGGAACAAAAGGCUGCUGCCAAUCAGAGGGCUGAACUUGAAAAGCAAGAAGAACAGCGCAAAAUGGAUGCUGCAAAGGCGGCCGAAGAUCGUGUUAUAGAGAAACAACUCGAGGACAGAGCACGACAGCGCAAAGCCCGCAACAUGAGGCGUAAAAGUCGAGGUGGGGCGGAUUCGAUGAGUGCUUCCGAUGGCAUUGAAAAUACCCCUGGUGUAGUUUCUUUCGAUCUGCCCCUGACAGUUAAGGGUCAAGAUGAGCAGCUGCUUGUAUUUCGUGCUGUUCAUGGGAAAACGCUGCUGCAAACAAAACAGGGCAAGAAGACCUACACCGUGAGGCCUCUCAUCUUCGAGGAACGGGAUGUUCCACAGCUCCUUCUCAAAGAAAUCUGCCUGAAUGAGAGUAAUUCAGACUCUCUCCCAUUUCGAGGUGAAAUGAGAUCGAGUGAAGAUAAGUUGGAGGGCCUCAAGCGGCUUCGACAUCCCAACUUACUCGAAUUUGUGGGUUUCAAGAUAGCUCGUCCUAUCAGCCAUUCUCCAUCACCUGAAAACACCUGGGAGGUAUUCACACUCAUGGAAUUUGCAAACAAGGGAUCUCUCUCGGAGCUUCUUGAUAUUAUAGGCACCAUUGCGGUGGAUACACUCCGAAGCUGGAUGAUCCAACUUCUUGAGGCCUUGGAAUUUUACCAUCGCAGUGGAUUUGUUCAUGGUAACAUCCACUGUGGGCAAAUAAUGUUGUGCAGGACAAUUUCCGGAGAGACUAUAGUGAAAUUGGAAUCUAGUGUGGAAGGGUCACUGCCAGGCUUUCCAGGAGGAAGCCGUUCUUUGACUUCAUCCAAGUCGCCGCUAUGGCAUCCUCCAGAGCUGACUGAAGACAACGCUUCUCAAACCCUAAAGACCGAUGUAUGGAACCUUGGUGUGGUCAUGUUGCAGAUGGCAUUCGGGAAAGAUGUCUUGCUUCGAUACACUUCGGCAAACCAAUUAAUGGUGACUCUGGGUGUCUCCCCACCGUUGCAAGACUUGCUUGGAGAGUUCUUCCGCCCUGACCCGAGAAAACGCCCGACCGCGUUUCAACUUCAGCCAUCUGAGUUCUUUCGCGUGGAUACGCCAUUGACUAUGCGCGAAAGGGCGUCAAUUUCGGUGUCCAUAGCGAGACGACCGAGACUGGAUUCGUUUGGGGCAGCGGUGUUCUCGAGAUAUCAUCAAGAUUUUGAUGAGGCCGGCCAGCUAGGACGUGGUGGUUUUGGUCAAGUUGUCAAGGCUAGAAAUAAGCUCGAUGGCCGCUUCUACGCCGUCAAGAAAAUAUCUCAGGCUUCCGCUGCGGCCCUAAAAGAUACCCUCUCAGAAAUCAUGCUGUUGUCUCGAUUAAACAAUCCGUAUGUUGUCCGGUACUAUACUGCCUGGAUUGAGGAAGAUUUCACUUCCAUCAAUGAUGAUGCUAUUUCUUCCUCAGAAAGUGACACACUUAGUCACCAUGGGUUCAGCACGGGAGGUCUCGAUUUCAUUAGUUCCAGCGGGUACCCGAAAAUUGAAUUUGCUGCUUCUGAUAGCGAUGAUGAGGGUGAAGUGAUCUCAAAUGAAGGCCAUAAUGAAACCCCUGACACGUGGGGAUCCGGCAGUGGAGCAGACGACGAACUUAGUCGAGCAAGAUCCAGCUCCAAUAGUAGGCCUGUCUUGACUACACUGUAUAUCCAAAUGGAGUACUGCGAGAAGCAUACACUGCGGGACUUGAUCAAAAACGGACUGUGUGAUGAUAUUGAUCGUUCAUGGCGCCUGUUUCGCCAGAUUCUCGAUGGGUUAAGUCAUAUUCACAGCCAUGGUAUCAUUCACCGGGACCUGAAACCAGAUAAUAUUUUCAUCGAUGUUGCGAACAACCCUCGUAUCGGUGAUUUUGGCCUUGCUACUAGUGGGCAUUUCUCGACAGCAGUACGUUCUUCCGCCGCAGCAGACCUGGAAGGCAACUUCACUCGUAGUCUCGGGACAACAUAUUAUGUUGCACCAGAGAUGAAGUCGGGAUUCGCGGUGCAAUAUAAUGAGAAAGUCGAUAUGUUUUCUCUUGGCGUUAUUUUCUUCGAGAUGUGCUACCCACUACCGACAGGUAUGGAGCGAGAUCAAACUCUGCGAGCCAUCAGGGAGCCCAACCCUACUCUCCCUGACACUUUCCAACAGUCCGAAAAAGCUGUUCAAGGCCAGAUCAUCGAAUCCCUCUUAAAUCACACUCCAAGUGAACGUCCAACAGCUACUGAGCUUCUUUCCAGUGGCAAGAUUCCGCUCCAAAUUGAAGAGGAGACAUUUAGACGAGCUAUUGUGCACCUGCUAUCUGACCCUGAUUCCCCUGACUACAAGAAAAUUCUUUCUGCAAUUUUCUCCCAGUCCCCAAAAAAGUUUGAGGAUAUCGCUUGGGAUAUGGACUCUCGUGGUGCACCGGCAGCCAAUGAGCUCCUCAUUCAGGGCCUAGUGAGAGAGAAAUUGUCCUCAAUAUUCCGACGACAUGGCGCUGUGGAAUCAUCGAGACAAAUGCUUUUCCCCAGAUCUCAUCACUACUCUGGUGGCGCUGUGCGUCUGUUGGAUGUUUCUGGAAACCUCCUCCAGCUGCCAUUUGACCUUACUGUUCCGAAUGCGCGAGCCAUUCCCCGUCAAGAUCCUUCUCUAGAAAAGACCUUUGCGUUCGGAACAGUCUACAGAGAGUCUACUCAUGGCAGUGAGCCUCGGACCCAUCGUGAGGUUGAUUUUGACAUUGUAUCAUACAACACUUUAGACUUGGCGCUCAAGGAAGCGGAAGUUAUCAAGGUGCUUGAUGAGAUUAUCGAAGAGUUCCCACCUCUCCAAGCCUCUCCGAUGUGUUUCCUGGUCAAUCAUUCCGAUCUCCUGCAACUCAUCAUGGAGUUCUGUCGUAUUAAUUCUUCCCAAAUUCCACUAGUGAAGGAUGUCCUCAGCAAGUUGAAUAUUGGCAAAUGGACGAUGCAGAAGAUUCGCAGUGAGCUUCGGUCACCUGCAAUCGGUGUUGCCUCGACAGCUUUGGAUGAUCUUAGUCGAUUUGAUUUCAGAGACAACAUCAAGGAGACUCAACGCAGGUUACAAGUAAUAAUGGAAGGUACAGAACAGGCAGAGCGGAUCCCACCGAUAUUUGCUCGCUUGAAUAUGCUCAUGACCUACCUGCAAAGCUUCGGUGUGAAGCGGAAAGUUUACAUCAACCCUCUAAGCAGUUUACAGGAGAAGUUCUACCGAGGUAGCUUGCUGUUCCAGUGUGUUUUCGAUAGCAAGCAACGUGACGUAUUUGCAGCAGGUGGGCGAUAUGACGGGUUAAUCCAGGAAUUCUCACCAAAGGUCUUGUCCAGUCGACCACAAGCACACGCAGUCGGGUUCAACUUGAGCUCGGAUCGACUCGGCUCGUCCAUGGCCGAAUAUUUGAAGUCUAAAAAUUCACAAAGAGACUCCGAGACAGGUGCCGAGGCGUACUGGUCAACCCGCAGAUGUGAUGUUCUCGUCGCCAGUUUUGAUGCAACAGUUCUACGCACAAUAGGAGUGAGGAUCGUCGAAGAUCUUUGGGCGAACUCAAUCAGUGCUGAGCUUUCAGUGGACACCAUGUCUCUCGAAGAACUCUUGAUCAAGUACAAAUAUCACAACCACCGUUGGAUCGUGAUUGCAAAGCAAGAUAGCAAGGAGCGAGGCUACAAAGUGCGGAAUGUGGCCCGCAAAGAGGAGUUUGAUAUUCGCAGCUCAGAGCUUAUCCCAUGGCUUCGGUCUGAAGUGCAAGCCCGCCACCAUCGCGAGGGCACGUUUGACCCGCGCCAAUCCCGACAACCCGGCCAACAAGAUAUUCUACAGUCCCAAGACAAGGUCAACGAUGUCCGCAUCCUUGUCCCACAUCAUCGAAAUAAGAAGACAAACCGACGAAACAUCGUCGAAUCAGCUCUUCUACGUUCACACGAAGUCGCCGAACAUGCUCGUCACGGUCCUGUCGCUGCGAUUGACACUCGUGACGAGGUCCUAGAUGCUAUCCGAGAAACUAGACUCUCUGACCCCGAGAGCUGGCGUACUGUCAUCCAGAAUGCACCUCUUAAUGAACGCAAGUAUGUCAGUCAGCUGUAUGACCUGCUCACAGAUUUUGCAUCCGAGGCUCGCUCGAGCGAUACCACACAAACCUACACCAAUGCCUUCAUCUACAACUACCGUACUGGAUCUUGUGUUUAUUAUGACCUCGGCCCAUCCGACAAAUGA